AGUAUAUAUAUAGCUCUGCAAACAACACCAAAAAUCCACAAGUUCAAUAUUUCUUCUAGUACUCCUGCAAACAACAGCUACCAAAGUUGUUAAUUUUAAAGUUAUUUUGUGUUUUAUUUAUUUUAAUUUAUAUUUCUUCCUAUCCAAGGGAAAAAAUGAGCAGACCAGGAGACUGGAAUUGUAGGUCAUGCCAGCAUUUGAACUUCCAAAGGAGAGAUUCAUGCCAGAGAUGUGGUGAGCCAAGACAUGGUGGUGCUCAUGAAUUUGGAAGUUGUUUUGGCGGAAGAGGAGGAGGAAGCUCCUCCCCUUUCGGAUUCAGUACCGGGCCUGAUGUAAGGCCCGGUGACUGGUACUGCAAUGUUGGAAAUUGCGGUGCGCAUAACUUUGCAAGCCGCUCUAGCUGCUUUAAGUGUGGUGCUUUUAAAGAUGAAUUCUCUGGUGGUUGUGGUGGUGGUGGUGGUAGUGGUAGCUUUGACGCUGACCACAUGAUGCCAUCGCGCCCGAGAGGCUUCGGGUUCGGUGGUGCCAGUGGUGGCAGUCGCUCUGGAUGGAAGUCUGGUGACUGGAUUUGCACCAGGUUAGGGUGUAAUGAACACAACUUUGCUAGUAGGAUGGAGUGUUUCAGAUGCAAUGCACCUAGGGACUUAGCUGGUAACAAGUCUUCAUAUUAAUUCAUCAUUGAUUCUCCAUUUUUGGGUGUUUCAGUCUAAGAGAGAAUCAAGCUAGAAAGACGUGAAGAAGAUCUUCUCUUUUUGCCCUAUCAAAUCCAACCUGCUCUUUUUUUUUUUCCUUUAAUAUUUUGAUAUUUAUAUUAUUUACUUGUAGGAAUCUUUUAGAUGAAUUAUGAAAAAAAGAAAAAAAAGUAUAUCCGAGUGGAGCAGAAUCUUUAUUUUGCGAGCUUUAUUAGGUAUUUUUAUUUUAAAUGUAGCCUUUGUACUUGUUUCAAGCUAGUAUUUAGUAUCAAUGUGUGUUAUGAAAGAGCUUCUU